CGUGCAACGGGUGUAGAGAGUGUCGAUCCGUCUUCAAUCCGAGCGAGUUGCGGCUUUCUCCUAGUAAAUUUUAAAUAAAUUCGCUCGUAAUAUGAACUCCAUUGAAACCCUUUUAGAAGCCGCUGAGUACAUUGCUAGAAGAGAGAGAGAAGCUGAACACGGGUAUGCUUCGACGUUGCGUUUUCCAGAUGAACUCAGAAGUGUGUCGAAAAGGCCAAAAACGAAAAAGUCUCAGGGAAACAGGACAUCUCAUAACGAACUGGAAAAGAAUAGUAGAAAAACGGCCCCUAAUAAAAUACCUCCCAGAUGUUCCGACUAUACAAAAAAUCUAAUCAGAUCACCGCAGGAUGAAUUAAAUACUGACAGACAUCAUCGCGAAAAUAGUGAAAACGGAUUCAGGAGACCCCAAAACGUUAAAAUCCGUCGAAAACUCUAG